AUGAAUUACGAAAAGAGAAUCCAAAAUCGAAAGGCUCGCACUUCCAUCUCAACUGAUACAACAAGCACAGAUGGAAUGCUCCUUGAAACCCAGUCUUCUCCUUCUUUGUCACGAAAGGAAAACUCCGGAGAUUCAAGUUCAGUUUCAAAGUUUUCGGAAGCAAUGAACAACCCAGAUUGGCGUCGUCGGCGAGAAAGAUGCAGCACUUGCGACUCCAUGGGCGACUCCAUUGCCACAGCAAGCAGCAGCCAGAAUUGGUCCAUUAUUAGGCCUAUUGCAGAUAAUGAUUCAAGCACUGAUCACAGCAACAACAGAAGAUCCGACUCUUGGGACUUGAUCAAUAAUGCCAAUUCCGGGCGAUCUGUUCGUAGUCUCGACAGCUCUGAAGCCGAGACCAAGGGUAAGAGUGUUGCCCUCGUCAACCAAGGCCAUAUCAGCACAGCAGAUGGAGAUAAUGUGCGCACAGCUCCGAGUGAGGACGUAGGUGAGGAUCUUCAUGGACUAUGUGUCCUGCUGGAAAAUAUGGAAAUCAUUGAUUCCCCUGAUGAAUUCGGCGUCCUUCGACUCACCCCUCUUUUCUCCAAUGAAAUCAUUUCCCAAAGUUCUGGUCAAGUCCUCACAGAUAACGGGCGCGCAUAUACACUCGCUCAUAUACAACGGUCACACGGACGACAUCCACAGUGGGAAGUUACUGGGGAGGGUAUCAAGAACUUGCCGCAGACAACAAGUGAAGAGCAUCGAUCACAGCCGGCUUCUUCUCAUUAUCAAUUGAGAGAAGAGAGACAUACAAUCCCCAGGAGCUCUGGAGAGGAGAGCAUUGAAAGGGCCAGAGAGGCUGUCUUUCAUGACCCAGCUGUCGCCAAUAUCGGCAGUAUGGUAGAUGGGUCUCGAGUGAAGACUGCAGAGCCGUCAGUUUCAAAGUCAAGCAAUCCAACCACGAAAGAAGCAUUUGGUCCCAGAAAUGAAGCUUUCAGAAAAAUCGUGAAAAGGUUUCAGCAAACCCAGACCGACAAUACCAAGGAAGAAGCUGUAAGAAAACCAAAGGAAGAAACCGAGCAACGAACUGAGGCUUUUAAGAAGCUUCUGAGAAAGCUUCACUCAGGAUCUAGCGGAAGUCAUCGAUACCCAGGCGCAACCGACUCAGAAGGAUCUCUACACCGGUGGGAAGUGAUAAAGGAGCCACAAGGAGUGACGCAGCAACUCAAAACAAACAGCUCUGAGUUUGAGACUGGCUCAACUCACGCCAACAAUCCGAGAAAGGAAGUUUGGUCCCAUGACUCUGGAGUCUGUAUGGACGGAGAUCCCCUUAAAUUGAACCCUAGAGCAAGGGAGUUCCUAUCAUUCAAAAGUUUUACAAGAGCAUCAGAAAGUUCGGAUUGCCCCAACGAAUCGGAUGAAGAAUCCAUUCGACAAACAUGUUUGGAUAGGGGUAGCGAGGAAAGUGAUCUUACGACCAACCAGUCUGUCGAAACAGGUUCGGCAACGCUGGAUCAUCCUCUGUCUUUCAAGAAACCGGAACAUGACAUUCAAAGUGUUAGAGACAAGUCGAAGUCGGAGACUAGUUCACUCCCUUUUGGAGGACAAAACCCAGCAGCACUCGAUUCUACAGCAAAUUUGUCCCCGUUUUCAAACGCCGCUCUUCGGUUCGGCGCUUACCAAGUCCCUAUGCAGAGUGCCCCUCCCCCUGGAUUGCUAUCUAGCAUUGGACUGGGGCCAAUGUUGGGCAAUCAAUUCACUCUACCUACAGGCAAUACAGCUUUUCAGCCAUACUCAGUCGCAUCUAACCCAUUGGUUGGUCUCAAUACAACGCCCCAAUGGCCUUACAAUCCAGCCAUGGGAAGCGGACUCUAUCCGACUUGUCCUCCUCCUGUCUUGAAGCCAACAGUUCCUGACACAUCUCAGCAACAGCAGUACGAAGCAUACGUCGAAUGGCGCAAAGCCAACGAACCAGGAUACGCACUUGCAUGCAAAAGCCGACAACAACGUCGAGCUCAGCGUAUUCCGAUCCGGGCGCCUACAACUUUGGAGAAUAUGCGGCAUAGCCAAGGCCAGACGGUAUAA